UAUUCUCGGGCAAACAUGUUGCCCGACAGAAUGUGGGGAUUUGUGUUAUUAUUGUGUUUGGCCUUGGUAGCAAAUGUGAAUUGCGAUGAAUACCCCCCACUGGAAUGGCCGUCGCAAUACUCGACUGACGUCACCAAAUACUCAGUUACAUCUGGCCUGGUACAAGAAAUAACAUUCUGGCGAAAUGAAAGGAACUCAAGAAUUGAAUAUAACGGUGGAGCUGUAAAUAACUACGUCAUAACUAUCAAUCACGAAUCGAGCACGACAUAUCAGCGAUAUGAGAUCCGUCCUGAGUCUCCUACGGAAGGAGAAAUGAACAAAAUGGCCUGUCACCUGUUAGAGGACGACGCUUACAUUAUGCCGGACGAUAUGUUACCCGUGUAUGAAUUUUUCUUCGAAGAAAUUGGUAAUGAAAACAUUCGAGGUCAGGAUUGUGUGAAGUUUUACUCAGAGGACAAUGAUGGUGACUCUAAGGCCAAACACUACCUGUGGGCAGUAUACAAUAACUCUACCGAAACUUGGCAACCUGUAAGGUACGAAUCUAUUAAAACCAAUGUAUGGCAUGGAUACAUAGAUACACAUGAUAUAUGGGAUUUUGAUAACUUCGACACGGAUUUCAACACGGACGACGCAUUUGCUCUUCCUGAAGCUUGCAAUGAUACCAUCGAGCACAAUAUACAUGACGAAGCCGUAACAAAAGAUCUUCUGUUCAUGGAUCAUCACAAGAACAAACACGUUGACCACGUUUUUAAUGCUUUCAAAGCAAAAUUUGGAAAGGACUAUGCUGAUAUACAAGAACAUGCUAUGAGAAAGAACUUAUUUCAAAAGAGAAUGAGACUAAUAAGAGAAACGAACUGCAAAAACCUUUCUUACAAACUAGCGGUAAACCACCUCGCAGAUAGAACUCCUGAGGAAUUAAAGAAAUACAGAGGUCUAAAACGACGAGACCCAGGAGAUAAAGGCACACACCCUUUUCCCUACACACAAAAAACUUUGAAAAAUGUUCUCAGCGACCUUCCCGAUGAAUACGAUACAAGAUCCGAAGGACUAGUAGCGCCUGUUCAAAAUCAAGGAGAUUGUGGGUCAUGCUGGACUUACGGAACAACUGCAGCUGCCGAAGGAGCUCUGGCACGUAAAGAGGGAAAAUUGAUUCGCCUCUCUAAUCAAGCACUUAUUGAUUGUGGUUGGGAAUUUGGAAAUGAUGGAUGUGAUGGUGGCGCAGACACAACCGCUUACAAAUGGAUGAUGAAGUAUGGUUUGCCCACUAUAGCAGACUAUGGAACUUAUGAGCAAGUGGACGAUUAUUGCCGUAUUAGCAACAUAAGCGAGGACAAGCUUCAUCCAAUUCGGGGAUUUGUUGACGUCACUCCUAACAGUGUUGGAGCACUUAAAGUCGCUUUAUACCAAAAUGGACCUUUGUCGGUAUCUAUUGACGCUACCGACAGAUUCUUGAGUUACUCCAGCGGUAUAUUCUACGAUACUGAGUGCCUAUCAAAUUCUACGUCAUUGAAUCACGAGAUCACUUUGGUGGGCUAUGGUGAACAGUACGGUGAAACUUUCUGGAUUGUGAAGAACUCUUACGGGCCUAACUGGGGCAUCAGCGGCUACAUGCACAUUCUCGCUAAAGACAACAACUGUGGUAUCAUGACGGAGCCGACUUACGUUUUAUUCUAGACCUCUCAACAUUGACGACUCGACAAUCAAACAGUAAAAUGAAUACGAAAUUAUAGCAAUAAGUUGUAUAUAAAUAUUUAGUUUGUUCUUUGAAGCAAGAUUUUUCAAUAUAGCACGUGAGACUUCUUUAUUUUUGUUACAAAAUA